AUGGGGAAGAGCUACCCUACCGUGAGCGAAGAGUACAAGAAGGCCAUCGACAAGGCCAAGAGGAAGCUCAGAGGCUUCAUCGCUGAGAAGGCCUGCGCUCCUCUCAUGCUUCGUAUCGCAUGGCAUUCUGCUGGUACCUACGAUUCGAAAACAAAGACCGGAGGCCCAUUCGGAACUAUGAAGCACGCAGCUGAGCAAUCACACGGGGCCAACGCUGGUCUCGAUAUCGCUGUCAGGCUCUUGGAGCCCAUCAAGCAACAGUUCCCAAUUCUCUCUUACGCUGACUUCUAUCAGUUGGCUGGUGUUGUUGCUGUUGAGAUUACUGGUGGGCCUGAUGUCCCCUUCCACCCAGGAAGAGAGGACAAGCCUGAGCCACCUCCAGAAGGCCGUCUUCCUGAUGCUACUAAGGGUAAUGACCAUUUGAGGGAUGUCUUUGGCAAAACCAUGGGCCUCAGCGACCAGGAUAUUGUUGCUCUCUCUGGCGGUCACACCCUGGGAAGGUGCCACAAGGAGCGAUCUGGAUUUGAAGGACCCUGGACUCCCAACCCCCUUAUCUUUGACAACUCCUAUUUCACGGUGCUCCUGAGCGGAAAGUAUGAUGGUCUUCUAAUGCUUCCAACUGACACCGCCCUUCUGUCUGACCCUGUCUUCCGCCCUCUUGUUGAAAAAUAUGCUGCGGAUGAAGAUGCCUUCUUUGCUGAUUACGCUGCAGCUCACCAGAGGCUUUCUGAGCUUGGGUUUGCUGAGGCCUAA